GCCUCCUCCCUCGUUGACACUUGACAGCAUCACCUUCACCAACUGUCAACCCACCACCAACACCAGCUUCAACCAAGAAUCAAACACCUUGACCAUGACUUCCUCAAUGGAUCAUCACAUGCACAUGACUGGCAUGUCCGAGACUGCCACUGCAACCAUGUCCAUGGACCACGCCACCAUGUCUAUGGAGAUGCCAGCUUCCACCUCGGCCGCCAUGGACAUGGACCACGGCAUGGGCAACGGCUGCAAGAUUUCUAUGCUCUGGAACUGGAACACGGUCGACUCCUGCUUCAUCGCCGAGACCUGGCACAUCACCUCAAAGGGCAUGUUCGCCGGUUCCUGCAUCGGCGUCAUCCUCCUCGUCAUGACCCUCGAACUCCUCCGUCGCUCCGUCAAAGAAUGGGACCGCUACCUCCUCCGCCAGCACGCCGCCAAGUUUCAAGAAUCUACUUCCGCUGCUGCUGCCACCGGUUCCGACAGCCCCAAGGUCGCUUCUCCUACCGCUUGUGCUACUCCUCUGCCUCCGUUCCGUCCCAAUGUCUGGCAGCAGGCUAUCCGUGCGCUGCUGCACAUGAUGCAGUUUGCCGUCGCUUACUUUGUUAUGCUACUCGCCAUGUACUACAACGGGUACUUUAUCAUCUGUAUCUUUAUCGGCGCGUACCUGGGUGCUUUUAUCUUUCAGUGGGAGACUCUGGGUGGAGGUGAGAACACGAGUGCCUCUCGUGAGGCUACUGUCUGCUGUGGUUAAAGGGAGAAGGAAUGGAAUUUGUGCAUCGAGUUAUUUACUUGGUGCUCGACUCUACAGCUUCAUCAUCUCGUCACAGCAACUUCCG